UUGCGAUAUACAUAAUCGAGAUACAUAAUGGACAAUGCUUAUUGCACAGACUGUGGCGAAUUGUUGGAUUCCUCCGAUCACAUAUGCUGUUUAAAUAAAAAUGAAGAAUCAAAUAAUAAUUGGGAACCAUUCGACGAGAUAGUACUUCAAUCUGAAGUUCCAAAUAUUGAAGAACUAAUUAACGAGGUAUUUCAAAGACCACCAUUGUGGAAUAGCAGUCUUCCAUAUGAAAAUCGAGGACCAGCAACAAUCAAAUUUUUGUGGUCGGAGAUUGAUGAAAAAUUAAUGGAAGUGCUGCUGAAGCCAAACCUAAGCCAGUAUCAUGGCCAUAUUUUGAGUUAA